GAAUGAUCACUGACGCAUGAAGGAGAACUUUGCUGGCGCCAUUUUGUGUAUGUUGUAGCUGAUGUAGUUCAUUGAUUUCAGCUGGAAUUUUAUCACAUUUCUCAGUCAUGGCCGUGGAAGGUGGCUACCUAACCGAACUUCUAACCGAAAAGGACAACUUAGAUCCUUCUUUCGUACAUUCAAUGCGCUUGUUAACCGAAGAAAUCAACAAAGUACAAACUGGGGGAGCACUUACAGCAGUGCAAGCGUUAAAAAAACCCAAAGUUGAGAAAACAAGUAAUGGGAAUGCUUUAUCACCUGUGUCAGAGAAUGUACCUGCUAGUAGCCAAGUGCCUGCUCCUGAAAGCCCAGAGGUGCCAGCAGUAACCAGACCUCCCCCUCAGACACAUCACUUCCGUAGACCUGCAGAUGUCUUUGACAGUAAGCUUUAUCAGCCCACCAAAUUGAUGGAAAAGGUCUUCAUUCCAGUAAAAGAAUACCCCAAGUUCAAUUUUGUUGGAAAGUUGCUUGGUCCAAGAGGUAACACCUUUAAGCGUCUUCAAGCUAGUACAGGCACCAAGAUGUCAAUUCUUGGUAAAGGUUCCAUGCGAGACAAGGAAAAGGAGGAAGAACUGAGAGGUUCUGGUGAUGCAAAAUAUGCACACCUUGAAGAAGAUCUCCAUGUGCUAAUUGAAGUUGAAGCUCCCCCAGGCCAAGCUCAUGCUAGAUUAGGCCUUGCUAUUGAAGAGAUUAAGAAAUUUUUGGUACCUGAAAAUAAUGAUGAAAUCCAUCAGGAACAGAUGAGAGAAAUGGCAAUACUUAAUGGCAUGGAGGAACCAGUUCCUGCAGCUGCUCCAGUUGCAGUUCCUGCACCUGUUCCUCGGGGACGCCCCCAUCCCAGGGGAGUUCCACAUCACUUACACCACCCAGCUCAUCAUGGACGAGGAAGCCCAGUUCCACGCACAACUACCAUUGCAAGACCGAGAGGACCAGCUGUAGGACAUGUGAGUGUGUCAGCAGCACGUUCUGCAGCAGGACUAGGCCCAUCAUCACCCACUGUAGCCCAUGCAGCUCCAAGAGCAGCUGCAGUACCAGGGGAUCCAUAUGGAGCAGUGCACACACUUCCUGCAUCAGUUGGGGUACAACUGCUGACUACUGGAGAACAAGUGAUUGGCUAUGAGUCUUAUGAGCCAGGCUAUGAAUUUGAAGCAGCCUACCCUGAACACGGUGAGGCAGUAUAUUAUGAAUAUGGCCAGCCAGGAGAAGUCUUUGAUGCAACUUUUGCAGCUCCAACAAGAGUUCCUGCAAACUCACCUGCAACUUUCAAGGCACCACCAGCUCGUACUGUGAAGAAAAUUGUUCGUGAAGCCACAUUCCCUUAUUAAAGUAGUUAACAAAUUAUACUUAUUUUCAAUAGCUUCUGAUUUGAAGAGUGAAGCUUACUGAUACUGUUUUGAUAAAUUUCUCGGAAACCAUUAUGUAUGUUCACCUGAUUUCUUAUUACAAGAAACUGGUGUUCAUUAUUUCACUUUCUUUUGGUGCAGAUAUUUUGAUAAGUUUCUUGUUAACUGUUAUAAAUAAUUUUAAUUUUCCCUAAGAUCAAGAGGAAAAAUUUUUGUAUGGAGCCUUCAGAUAAAUCAAAUUCCCAGGAAUACAAAAGCAUACAAGCAGUAUUCUAAGCGUUAAUUAAAAAAAAAACUUUAAAACAAAUCUUUUGAUAAAGACUAACCAAGUUACUAACUAACCAAGAAUAUAUGAACUUUCAUAUAUUCAUCGUAACCAAGUUACCUUUUUGUUUAGUUACCCAAAGCUGUAAUAACAUUCCAAAUUUGUUUAUUAUUGAAUCUAACCAGAACAUGUAUGUAUUCCAGUAAUGCUCAUGGUAAAAUUUCCCCAUAAACCUAAAUUAAACAUAGCCCCUAAAUUUAUGACUGUCAAUUUCAGGGACGUAUUUGUAAUGUUUAAAAUAGUACUAAACACCUGUCCAUUGUGGGGAUAAGUUUACAAACAUCUGAAACUGCAAAGCAUGGUUAACCACUUUAAAGGGUUAAAUAUGAGGUAUUCCUUUUUCUUUUUAGCUAUGUAUGUUAAAUCUAAACAGUUUAAUCUAGUUGUCAUUGAUGAACUCAAUAAAGUGAUAAACAUUGCUAAACAGUUUGUUUUGUUUUUUUUUUUUCCAGUGUAAUUGCCUAUAACAGUCAAAAAUCAAUAAAUUGAGACUUAGUGGAUUGUAAUAAGUGUAAAGAACAGUGCUUACUGGUAAUCCUGAACUUGAUAAUGUUUUCACAACUUUGCUUAAACAAAACAAGAGGCUCAUAUCCCAUAAACAUUUCCCGCACAUAUCUAAACUUGCAGAAGAAUUAACUUUGUGAUGUGAUCUGUUGCUGUAAACAUUUAACUUUCAAAAUAGAGAAAUUACCAAAGUGUGAUAAACACCUUUGAAUGUAAGUAUUUUUAGAGUUUUGUCUUUAUUGUUAUCUUUUAAACAUUGAGAUGUUUGUAUUUUUUGUUGUUGUUUUAUAAGCACUGCCAACUUCCUUCCUUUUAGAAGUAACUGCUUCAUUAAUUUGUGACUUGUUCCUUAAAUAUUUUCUAAAAUAAUGUGAAUGUCGGGUUCCUAAAUUUUAACACUGCAUUAGAACAUUUAUGAAUUGACAUGUAAAACAUGGUUUAAAUGUUCAACAGUGUAUCUGAAGAAGGCAUCCUAAUAAUGUGAAUAUUUUUUGAUGAACUAUCUACACCCAAAAUGUUUGACUUUAUUUUCACAUAAAUGAUGCUUUUACAGCUAUUUUUAUACAUACAGUACAUUGCAUGUGUUUUGUAACUGCUUUUCAUGUAACCUGUGUCCACAAAAAUCUGCUUUUGAAGAUAAGUUUUCUAGUUUAUUUUUUGUUUUAUCUAUCAAUAAAAUGUUGGUUUUGUAAUCAACUGAACUCUCUAAUGCCUUACUUUAAAUUUUGUCUGUGUACCUAGAAUUGUUAUGUGAAGUGAUUCUGUGUGGAAGUGUCAAAAGUAUGGGAUAGUUCGAUAAGCUUACUACCUUGGAACAGGGCAUUUCUGUUGUUUCAACACUUUUUUUCUUCAUCUAGCUGUAUUUGGUUUCUGUUUUCAUGCACGUGAUAGUAAAAGUGAGAUUUAAACUGUAAAAGAAACACAAACACCCAUGUUGUUUGUUUGAUUGACCAUGGUCAUGAACCGUACAUUGACUGUUGUUUUCCAACUUUUCAGAAAUAACCAGAUGAUAUUCGUUUGGUAUCAUGAUACCAUCAAUUUUACCUUGUAAAUGAUUUUAGUUAAAACGUCUAAGCAGGAGACCACAGUGCUUGUCUUUGCACUUGGAAUUCAUACCUUAAUGCAAUUCCAAGAGGGGUGCAAACAAUAACCAGUAAGAAACUAUUGAAAUAAUAUUUAAUUUAUGGCUUCUAACUGCCAAGCAAAAAAGAAAACCGCAAAAAUCCUUAAAAACAAGCAGGGCAACUUAAACACUUCACAGUAAUUAGAAGAAAUCAAGAUAAAUAUGGACUCAACAGUAAGCUUUUGAGAAAGCAAUGACGCUUGAGGAAGACUUCUUUGAUGCUGGGUAAUAAUCUGAAAGUGAAACGUAUAAAGGUGAUUUCUAAGCGAUGAACACGAGUUAUAUCCAAAGAGAAACGAAUACAGAGUACAGGAAGAAGACAUGUUCAAGGGAAGAAUUCAUGGAUUUUUAGAUUCGCUGCCCGGAACAAAAACUGCAAGAUAAUUAUGGAGGUUAAAGGCAUCGUGGACGCAGGAUUCCUCUAUAAGAUACUAAAUAGCUGUGGUUGCAGUAACACACCUCUACUGGGAGAUCAGCGAACUUUCCGGCAAAACUUGAUAAGCAGACUCAAACCCAAAACCUCAAACGUGGCCGAUGGGUGGCAAACCCAAAGAAAAAGAAAAGGGACAGAAACCCUGGAGGAAGUUAGUGGACACCCCCAGGGAAUAAAUAGUAGUUAUGUAAAGCUUCCCACCUUGGUACUUAACCUGUUGGUAGACUUCAUUCCCAAGAAUGACACAUUAUUUCAACUCAUUAUUGAAAGUGCUUAUACAACUUGAUUUGUUCUGGUUUAUUAUGAGCCUGUUGCUGUGUUGCCACUUAUUGAGUAAAUGGCAAUUACAAAUAAAAUGUAACUAAACCAACA